GCGCAGCGCACAACCCCGCAAGCAAGCGGAGCGGCGGCCCACAGCCAGGAGCCCGGGAGCGGGCGAUGCGGACGCCCGCGGCGGCACCUGCGGCUCCUCUUGGCGGCGACCGUCGCCUCGGCGGCAGCAGCGCGACCCCCAGCAGCCUCGGCAGCCACAGCCAUUGCUGCCGGAGCAGCCACUGCUGUGGUCGCCGUCUCUGAUGCGUCUUCCCUCUCCCGGCCCCGAGGCUCCGGGAGGAUGUGGGUCCUCUGCAUCGCGGCAACUUUUUGCGGAUUGUUUUUGCCUUCAGGCCUUGCGCUGCAAAUCCAGUGUUACCAGUGUGAAGAAUUCCAGCUUAAUAACGACUGCUCCUCCCCCGAGUUCAUUGUGAAUUGCACGGUGAACGUUCAAGACAUGUGUCAGAAAGAAGUGAUGGAGCAAAGUGCUGGAAUCAUGUACCGCAAGUCGUGUGCAUCAUCCGCAGCCUGCCUCAUUGCCUCUGCUGGGUACCAAUCCUUCUGUUCCCCAGGGAAACUGAACUCAGUAUGCAUCAGCUGCUGCAACACCCCACUCUGCAACGGACCCCGGCCCAAAAAAAGGGGCAGUUCUGCUGCAGCCCUGAGGCCAGAGCUCCCCACCACUGUCCUGCUCCUCAAACUAGCCCACUUCUUGGUAUACUGCUGAAG